ACUUGCACCCUUGAACCCAGUAGACAUGUACAUAGCGGCGGGCUGGAGCUACACCACUGCCUGAGCUUACAAUGGCAGAACACAUCUAUCUUGACACAGUAUUUCUACUGACCGAGUGAGUCAGUAAAUUUGAAACAGUGCGACAGUUAGCAGCGGGGACAUCGGGAGUAGGAUUCAUACAGGGGAGUGUUUUCCUCCCCUCACUUUCCAGCUGACCUACUUGGCGCCGUUUAUCCAGGACGAGUGAGAUUGAAUCACAAAACAAUGGAUCGUAACCCGUGUGUGAUGUGUGAACUGGCGUCAACGGUUGACAUCAUGCCAGUAGGGAAGUCCCUGAACAAGUUCGGUUUAUUGUCUAAGGACAUAUACCAUGACUUGCAGAAGUCGUCAAUGAACGAGGGAAUCAAGUGGAGAGGACUCUUACAUUCUCUCAACUUCCAAGAAAACAAAUUAGCCAGAAUAACACUUGUUGAACUUGUUCGAAUCGACAAUCCAGACAUUGCGGAUGAGCUGGAAAAACCGGAUUUCCGACGUCAGAUUGGAUGUGUUUGUGGGCAGAGAACUAGUGGUCCUCGCUUGAAGAGAUCAAACAGCCUCCCACAUAUUGGUGACACGUCAGGCAACCAAGGGUUGCAAGCGUUCUCCUUCGAAGGGUUCAAUUUUGGGGCGUUUAAUAACAGCUUUCCUCAGUCUGCUGAAAACCAGGAUGACAAAACGUACAAGUAUAUGUCACUUCAAGUGUCGAAAUCCCCUGACGUCACACCGAGUCCUCGUCGAAGGUCAAGGUCACUUGAGAUUCUCAGACCGUUCAUUCCACUGGAACGAGAAACUUUUAUGCCGAUGGACAGUUCCGAAUCAGACCUAGAUGAUGAAAUAGAUUUUCUGUUUGCUGGUAUAACCGACACAUCCCUUGGUUCUGAGGGCGUGGCUGAUUUCUCAAAUGAAGACAUUACAAAGACAAUGUUAAAUGAGAAUCACUCGGACAAUUCCAAAGGAAAUCCAGAGGACGAUUUAAGAACGCCGAAAGACGAUUCUACGCUUAAACGAAACAUGCAAUUUGACGAGAAUUUCUUUCCUUCUUCCUCUGGGAUGGGUAGCACAUCUUCUGUGGAUACAGUAGAACAUGUGUCUUUGAGUGAACAAAGGAACUCCGUGUUUCUGGAUGAUGACUGGCAGACUCAGGAUAGCUAUGCAACUGGUUCUGAUGGUGCUACGACUUCAGAAGAUAGGAAAUCCAUUAAUACAGCAACCAGUACCAAGCAGAAACUAUUUGAAAGUUUACACGCCGGCGACCGAGAUGAAGCUGAACUGCUGGUCUCCACAACUCAGAAAACUCUACAUUCCCAGAGACGCCAGGUUUCCCCUGCAAGCAGGUCGUGGACAUUGCAAGUGACAAUAGCCCUGUUCCUCCUGCCCAUCGGACUCUUGCUGCUGCCGCGGGAUCUUCUGUUCAGUAUUGUAGCACUGGUAGCUUUACAAGUAUACACCGACAACAGCAGGUAGACUAUGUACCUUCAUGGAAAAGAUGCUUAUUGAAACGCGAGUUCCGUAGGGGUGGCUGAAACAUUCUGAGCCAAGCUGUGAAGGGGCAUAGUUGACACUAUUCAGUUGCAGGCUGUAAGUAGAAAUUGUUUUUGCGAUGCAUGUGAAUCAAAUGUACUGUCAGGCAACACCUUUCUAAAGGCAUCACAGUGAGUAUGUACUCUCUGUGGAUGAGGCGGGGUGGUGUUUCCCGCUGCAUUCAAGAGUGGUGUACGUAUGUAGCAACCUGCAUUCACAUGUGUGUGGCCAGUUUUGCCAGUCUGACAAUUGCCGGUUUUACAAUGCCAGCCCACGCCACAGUUCAAAAUGGAAAACCACCUUAGAUAUCAGAGUCGACCUUUGUAUUCCCUUAAUGUUCCAACGACUUUUGCUUAGUUCCAAGGCUCCUGACUCCUGAUCAGGCAAGCUCUAAGUUCAUCCUGUCUCGUGAGAACGUACGCCGAAAGCAGACCCAACUGACUGUGGUAAACGGUUAGUAACCACUGAUCGCCACUGUCAGCCAGAGUGUAUAGUCAAAGCAGCGGAAACGUCCAAGGAUUAUUCCACCGAAGAAGGCAGCCUGUUUAUCAACUUGUAUAGUGAUGACGGUGGUUUUCUCGUAUUCCAAAGGAAUCCUAGAGCUAUCGGUGGACUGCCAUGAAAGACCUGUUUCAUGCUAAUCCAAACAUCGCCACUAAACGUUGUAGAAAACUCAUCUGAGCACAGUUCUGUGUCAGCGAAUUCACUGUAUUCAACAGCUUUGGCAUCGCCAGAUUUCCAACCUUUCCCAAACAUGAUGAAAGAACUGACAGGGCACUUCAUCAAUACAGUCCAUCAUAGGCUCGGAACAUUUCGGCCAUCCCUCGUACUAGGUGAAAACAUUUCUAAAUACUUUAGUACAUGUUACUGUGAUUUGUUAUAUAUUACUAUUACAUUUUGAUAUGUAUCAUUCAUCCGUUAUUGAAUUCAGACAAUUACACGCUUACUGUGUAAGUGUGUGUCUAUUCAUGAAGAACAUUCAUUGAUCGUAUCAGGACACAGUGUUUUGGGUAUACUUCUGUUAUCUAGACACUGGGGAGUCUUUCGAAAUACAAGGUGAAUAAUAUGAACAAUAUUAAUGGAACCAUGACUUACAAUUAUUAAGAAGUUAAAUAUUACGUUUCGAGAGUAGUUAUGAGGAUUUGUAAAGCCUCUGGCUGAAUAAUUUCCAAUGACAUGUUUGUGAAACCAGCAACUGGUGGCCUUUAUUUUUCUCCAGCAAUAUAGAGAACGUAUUCAUUGAAACCUUUUUAAUCCAGAACAAAGCGUAUCCAGGUAAACAGACUUCCGCACUGACGAGUAUUCGGUAUGGAUUAAUAUCGUUAAGUAUGCGUGGAGACCUUUCCAUUACUAUUUCCCGAGGGGCAGGUUUUGCAGAGUGUGUGUUUCGUGAGAAAGGUUAACACAGUUCUAGUAUCUUACUUACAGUUACACAGUUUCAGAAGAACAUUAUCUGUACAAAAUAUUUGUACAGUAUUCAUUUCUGUGUCCAGUCAUCAGGCGGUUGAGACACACAACGUAGUCUUGUUCAACUGCUAUAUGACUGACCACAGACUAACAGUAUUUACGGAAACUAUUGAUAUCAAAGCUGACAUGACGUUAAAGAUAUAUUUACUUCUAUACAUGUUAUGUGUCGUAUUGGGGCACAGUAAGCACCUCUCACAUUCAGCCGAUGUACAUUCUAUUAACCACAUACUUCUGUGAACCUGUCAUACCAAUGUUGUUGUGUGUUUUGCAAGUAUUUUACGCAGUAUUCUUACAUUCUCCGAUGUAUUUCACUCACACUAUAAACGAGCGUUUAUUACUUUAUGUGCGGCGAUCAUAUAUUUACUUAUUGAUCGAACACUUAAAGACGACAGGUAUAUUAAAACUGCACACCCCAGUAAACAGCCUGAUUAUCGCCGGUUGUAUAGCAGUCAGUGACUGUUAGCCGGCUUUGUCCAGGUGAAACUUGUUGACUAGGAUACAGGUCACAUUUAUCCCUGGAAUGUGUCAUCUGGUUCGUACAAAACUAGUCCAGCUUUCACGCACGAACAAUCCCGUGUACAGCUAUCACUGUAUGAAACACCUGUAUCCUUGCUCGAAACGAAAGUAAUUUUCACGCAAUGUGCUCUCCCAUUGGCAUUGAUGAUAACAUGAUAUUGUAGAAGGUUGCCAGUAGGGAAGUGAUGUUUACAUGUGUAUGUAUGUUUUGCACCAACGAUUUAUGGGUUUAUGCAACACAGACACGACAGAAGCAAAAUCAUAUAUACAGUAGACGCAAACACAUGUACACACACAUGCACACACACACUCACUUACAGGCACACACACUCACUUACAGGCACACACACUCACUAACAGGCACACACGCACACACUCACUAACAGGCACACACACUCACUAACAGGCACACAGGCACAGACACAACACACAUGCACACACGCAUAAAAAACGAGAAAACCCUUUCCACAUCCACUAGAAACCUCUGUCAAGAGAAGAGUCGGCAGUACGAUGUCGACUUCAACGUGAGCAUGUGGUUAUUGUGAAUCGAUAUCAAAUAGUGAUAUUACCUGGCACACACACGCUUGCACACAAAGACACACACACGCACAAACACGUGUGUGCCUGUGGUUCAUGUGUGUGUGUUUGUGCGUGUUUAGGGGUAGAUACACAUACAAACAUGCAGAUACAAGCAAGCAUAGACACAGACACAAUUAUGUGCUUACGCGUUGGCGCAACAACAUUUCAUAACGAUGUGUGUUUGUAAUUGUAAGAAGGUGAGUUGUAAUCCAGUGUAAUUUCAUAGUAAUAAACGAGUUAGGUACCCAUGAGAGACAACACAUAAACGACGCCAUUUUAGACAUUAUCACCAUGUGACCAGGUAUUAGGCAUCAUCUGUUGUGUCAGCAGACAAAACUGAUUGCGUCUAAACCACCUGCAUCCACCUGUGCCUGUUUUUCUCCGUGUACACAUGUUAUCCACGUGUAUAUCCCUAUAUUGUCCCCAUGAAAACAACACACGACAACAAACAGCCCCUUCUACUUAUACCACAAAGCUGUACAUGUGUGUAUUGUGAUAUGAAUGAUCAAGUUGUGAUAUAAUGUAUUUAGGCAGAUACUGUGAUUCAACUGUUUGUGACAUGUGAUAACUGGUGAUAUUCCUAUUUACUUACAAGAAGUUUUGUCUAAGAUUGUGUGCUUUUGUGUUGAGAAGAGGUAAAUUAGGAUUUCCAUGUUUGCGUAGAUAUACUGCAAGAAUGUGUAUUGUAUGGAAUUGAUUUCACUGAAUUUUUAUGAUUAUAGCUUAUCUCUCUGUGCGCGUGAGUGUAUUUGGUUUUACGUAGUAUCAGCAAUAUUCCAUGAGUAACGAUGCUGGCCCUAAUUCAGCAAGUUUGGGACAGACAGAGCAGGCAUUACCUGCAGCAUCCACAUCGUCCAACAUCACAUUUUGUCGAAAAAUAAUAUGUUGAAAGUAACCGUUUGUGUAUAACUUUGUCUGUAGGAACUAUGUGUCUAUGGUGCCGCCCCCAAUACCCGUCGGAUUUCAGGAGUAUGGUUGCGAUAAGAGUCUAUCACUGCUAUACGACCCCAUAGCAACAGUUGUACAAACUGACAGUAUUAGGGACCGUUCAUAAUUGACGGCUGGUGUGUGUGUGUGUGUGUGUGUGUGUGUGUGUGUGUGUGUGUGUGUGUGUGCGUGCGUGCGUGU